UUAUUGUAGGCAAGAAAAGGAAUGAACAAAAGCAUUGCACUGAGAUGACUUCCCCCUUAUGCAUUACUUUGGCAGUUAUCAUAAUAAUAGUGAUCUCUUCUGAGGUAAAAACGGUAAAAACAAUCUUCUUGCCUGCCCCAAGUAAAGCAACGGAGAGCCAUAGGAAUCCCUUCACGAACAAUGCCACUUCUACCCGAACUGUAUCCGCCUGCAGCCUGCAAUUCACUUUGAGCUACGGCUACAAUCGCUUCCAUCAGUGGAGCACGUUUGCAAAGAGCAGCAAGGCCACAGACGGUAGCAUCUCAAGCUGGACCCUCAAGUUCAAAGUCAGGGCGGCUAGCGAUGCUCACAUUUUGCUCACAACAGAUAGAAACACUACAUUGAGUAUGCCAGUUUAUGAGAUCGUGUUAGGGGCAGGACGCAACUCGUUUUCAGACCUCCGGAGGAUGCAGAGAACGGGCACCAGGUCAACAUUGCCGACAGCCGACAUUCUGUCCCCGUUGGAGUUGCGGGGAUUUUGGAUCCGCUUGUCUUCCGACGGCUUCAUUGGGGUCGGCAAGGAAGGAGACGAUGUUCCCUUCCUUGCGUGGCGCGACCCUGAGCCCCUGAAAAUCCAGUAUUUCUCGUUUUGCACGUGGAACGGAGUCUUCGGCAGAUGGGAGUUCAACUGCCCGGAAAAUGAGAACUCACAAUCAGUCGUUUGCCCUGUUCAACCUACUGUCACAGAAGUGGAAGAAGAAAAUGAUAACAUUUUAUCAGACGAAUCGAGACUGCGGAAGCACCUUUUCACCAAUUACGAUCAUUACUCGAUUCCAAGCGCCAAUAAUACUGAUGUCAUCGAUGUGAAAGUAAUUUUUUUACCUCAACAGGCUCACCUGUUCGAGCCAAAAUAUAGGUUAACGGUUGUUGGAACUCUCUCACUGGUUUGGACAGAUCAGAAGCUCAAUUGGGACCCUGAACAAUACGGUGGAAUCAAAAGCAUUGUCGCGCCAGCAGGAAAAGUCUGGGUUCCGGAAUUGAUCCUAUACGAUGCUGCAAAUGGAAGGGGCGACGAGCUGUCUAGCUCGUUGAACAAAAUGUUCAUCGACCACAACGGAACUGUUCAGUGGACGCACGUGUCACGCAUGGAGGUCCUUUGCCCGUUGGAUCUGCAAUUUUGGCCUUUCGACACUCAAAACUGUCACUUUGUGCUCGGAGUGUGGGGUCUGUCGGACAGGGUCAGCAUCUGGCCCCUGGAAACGGAAUACGAUCAGUCAGUAGCAGUUGAGCAACAUGGUACCGAGUGGGACAUCGUCAGUUUCCAAAUGCAUUCAGAUAUCGGUCUCCUUAACCAUCCGUACUUUGAGGACAAAUACUAUAAUUACGACGACGCCAACUCUGAUGAUUCUACUCCAACAACCAACCCAGCCAUCGAGUUUUGGCUGACUUUGCGCAGACACAAUGGACUUUACACGUGGACCUUGUUCGCCCCUUUGGAUGUGGUGCAUUUAUUCAUGUGUGCCUCAUUUUGGGUCGAGACGCACCGACUGAUAAUCUGCCUCAUGAAUUUGCUCAUCACAGUAGCUUUUAUGAUGAAUAUUUUCAAGAUAUUUCCCGGAGCAACGCAGAAAACGCCGGGGAUCAUAACUGUUUACGCUGACACCAUGAUAAUUGCUACGUUCACCAUCCUGAUUACGAUUGCGGUGACCUUGAUGCGGUCUAACACGUUUAAAGUCGCUCCACCAGUGCAGAUAUUAAAAGUGAUCAGUAUUCCAGGAGAAAUUUUGAAGAGCAUCUCCAAGCAGGGAGUACUGCGUCGGAGGCCUAUUUUCGUCGGAAGUGUCGGAACCAAUCAUAGUUUGCUGGACAACGAUGCCCAACAAGAAAGCAAUCAUGAGAGUCCAGAGUCGCCACAGAGCCAAUGGAACCGAGUGGCAGAUGCCAUUGACGUUUUUGCCUUUGUUGUAAUUUCACUAAUAUGUGCUUUUGCAAUUAGAUAUUGAUGGCAAUAUUAGAUAAACCUCAAACAUGUACUACACAUAUUCCCUUAACAUAUUGAACUGAAGAUUUGUCUUGUGCAAAUAAAAACUGGAAUUGAUUCAAUA